UCUGUUCCGACUUCUUUUGUGUAUGAUGAAAUCGUUCCCGCAAAGUGCCGCGGACUGGCGUUCAGCUAUUGAAGGUAAGGCGCAACGGCUUGAAGCUUUCUUGUCCAGCUUUCCAGAUUGGGGUCAGUGUCCAGUUUGCCAAAAGGCUUACCCGGACUCACUGGCGCCACACAUUGCGGGCAAAGACCACUGGAAGAAGCUCUGGUGGAAAGCGGAGCAAAAGGAUCAAAAGGAGUUGCGGCAGGAAUGGCACAACGCCACAGCCACCGUGAUCUUCGAUCACUUGAGUGGCGAGGUGACCCGCAUUGCUGGGGAAGUGACAAGUCCUUUCACACCAGAAACGACACCGCCGCCUUUUUUGCGCACGGAUGGUGCUUUAGCGCUUGAAACCCCACCUGUUGAUAGCCGCUCCUUUUUGGACGUUCUUAGGAGCUCUGAGAGUCAAGCGCCAGCGCUCGGCUACAAGAGUCCUCGUCCGUGUCAGAGUGAGUUGGAUGUGUUGUGGAAUCAAGGUCGAUUCUUCUGCGAUGUGUGUAGCUUGGUGAAGGCAAAGGACUCCUUCCACAAGACCCAGCAGAAAUACAGCUUAGCAAGCCGACGAUGCAUCCAGUGUGUAGAUGAAGCCAACACCGAGGCUCAAUACAUUGUUUGUGACGGCUGCAAACAGAGGCUUCAUCGUGAUGAUUUUUCCAAGAGCCUGCGAAACAGCGAUCAACCACUUUGCAAGACAUGCAAAGAAGAGAGAGACAUCGAGUUGAGCAAGUUGAUAUGCCAAAUUUGUGGCGUUUCUCAACUCCGAGAUGCUUUCAGGAAGAAGAUUGACUGGGACGCUCCAAAGUGUGCAAAUUGCUUAGAAUUGAAAGAGAAGCGAGAAUACGAGGAAUGGCAGCAAGAAAGAGAAGAUGAAGCUGCUAGACAAGCAGAAUUGCGAGAGGAAAUGGCAGAAGAGGAACUGCGAGAGCACUUUCAAAUCCGAAUCCUGAAGAGGAUGCAGGACCUGCAGGUCCCAGCCCUUUUUGAUGAGUUGACGUCCGAGAUCUUCGAGCAAGACAGGAAGAAUUGGGCACAACAGCUCAUGCGCAACAUCCUGAGUAAGGAGCUGGACGACCAAUGGAGGAAUGAGACGCCCUCUCGUGACCAUGCUUCAGACAAAGACCGAGCGAAUGCCUUCAAAGCUUUGGAGGAUGCAGGCGAUGAGCUUUUCAAGGACCUAUGCUAUGACUUUUUCAGGGAGUUCGUGACCAACGAAAGGGUGGAGGUCAUGACUUCAAAUCAGUUGGCGCAGGAGGUGACCCCUGGCCACCGGUCAUGUUUUCUGAAAGGGCGAGUCAUUGCAUGCAUCAAACCUGUACGCCAAGAAGAUGAGUUGAGGCUUGAAAAAUACCAUUUGUUGGAUGCGAAGUACCUAGACCCGGGAUGGAAACAAGUGUCGUCAGAUCACCUCGAUGUGCUUGAGUCCCUGGACAUGUCCUUGGCAGUGAAAAGUUACCCUCAAGACUUGUGGAAGGACAUUGAGGACAAUUUGUAUGCGGAUGACUCCAACUCAGGGUCUCACAACCAAAUCCUUUGCAAGCUACUGAGCAUCACCGGCGGCAUUUCAGAGGGAUCAAAUAGGACCGAGACCAUGAACUACUGUGCUGACCUGCUGGGUUUCGAGUCACCCCAAGAUCUGAAAUACAAGAUUUGGGCAGAGAAAUUUGGUUUCGUGCCGUCCGAAGAUCGAGUGGCCAUCACCUAUGGCCAAGGCAAAGAGUUUAAACUGGAUAAAUUGUGGGGCAAAAAGAAGGAAGCCAAUUGUUUGGAGGCACUCAUGGGAGCUCUAGAUAAGGCCAAUUACGAGCCUGAGCGCAGGGCAUUGGCCGCAUUGGCGGCUUUAUGCCACCUUGCCCCUCCCAACCCAAGAACUCUGGUGCCAUCAAAUUGGUGGAUGGCAGAAAAGGUCCUUGACAAUGCAGAGAAGAGGGCAUCAAAUCCGGAGUACUUUGGUGGUGACUUGCUCCAAAGACAACUUCUUCGGAAAUACCUUGACAAGAGCCGCUUGCAGUCGCAAAUGGAGCAGUGGCUGAGAAAGAAGGCCAACAAGAUGCGGUAGAGGAAAAUGUUGACAGA